GAUCGACGGGCCGGGGAGCAUUCAUGAAAACGCACGCGGACGGGGAAAAGACCAAAACGCACAAUGAUGAACGCCCAGGAAGAGACGACCGAGGAGGAAGGCAAAACGUUGAGUAGCUCAAAUGAAGAGAAAUCUGCGAAAAGCGCGAAGAAGAGGAAGCUGCAAGAAAUAGGGCCGAGUGAAAUCACCGGGGAAGAAGAACCAACAGGGGGAGAAGCCCCACUGUGUGUGGAAACAGGAGGGGAAAAUAACGAGUCAAAUUAUAAGUUGAAGAAAAAAAAAAAAAGAAAAAUCUUAAGCCUUUUUAACAACAUCUUCAGCUGGGUUGUAAGUAAAAAUGCGAAAAUCCCAUCGAAAGAAAUUGAAACAAAAGAAGAAGUAAAAUUCCUAAAUUUUAAUAACAUUUUGUCCAAACACUUCGGCUCAAAGGUCCUCUUCGUAACAGACGAGUCGAUCAGCAAAUCUGAAAACAUAAUGAUUGAGGACAAGGUCGGGUGGGUGACGAGAAGAAGGAGGGACGUAGGACACGAGUGGCUAAUACUAAAAUUGAAGUACCCAAGUGUUAUAUACGGAAUGGAAAUAAAUUUCGAAAACAUGGAAGAUGAUAUAUGCCCCCACUUAUCCAUCGAGGUGGUGGAAAAUUCCUGCAUUGACGAAAUUGUGAAAGAGGAAGAAUACAUAAUGAACGAAACGGAAGAGAAAGAAGGAGCGGAACAGAGGGAACAGAAAAUUGCAAAAAGGAAAAGCUACAAUUUUUUAGAAUCGUACAAAAUUGAUAAAUCCAUAUCUGACAUUUUGGAAAAUCAAAAUACGCCGUGGGUUGAAUUACUCCAAGCAGAUUGUGUAGACUUCCUCAAAUGUUUUCAAAAAAAAAAAAUUUACUAUUUUCAAGUUAACGAUGCGUCGUUGAUCAAGCCAUGGACACACAUACGGAUUAAUUUAUAUCCAGAUGGAGGUAUAAAUAAAAUAAAAUUUUAUGGCGAAUUUGUCACCCUAUUUAAAAAACAUACCAUUUUAUCAAAACAAAAAAUUUUCCUAAAUAAACCAGAAAAUGGAUGCACUUUAAUAUACUACCAUUGUGAUGAUAUACACAAAGGCCAUCCCAAAAAUAUGAUCGAUUCGUAUAAAACGGAUGGGUUUUCAACAAAGAGGUUGUCCAAUAGGCCCCCAAUUAUUCUACGCACACUUACUUAUAACUCAAUUAAAAACGUUUCCAUUUUUAAGUUCGGCGUUCGAGGGGUCAUCGAAAAUUUUACCUUUGACAUUGGGAAUUAUAAAUAUGACCAUCCCGAAUAUAUCCACAUCUAUUUAUUAGACUGUGUGGAUAUGCUCACUUUGGAUUUGCUCGAGCAGAAACGCAUUUUUGAAGAAGACGAAAAAUUGGAAAAAAAAAAAAUAGACUGGCUGCAACUGCCGCCAUGUAAAUUGGCCAAUGAUCAGAAGAAAACUUUUUACAAUUUUAAUUUGCUCGAGUAUAACUUCACCAUCAUGGAGAGGACGGCCACGCACUUUAAAAUUUCGCUGCAUCCUGAUGGCGGCAUAUCCCAAGUCAACGUCAUCGGCACGGUACUCUCCACCCCCCAGUGA